CACUGCCUGUCUGGGGGCCCUGGGGCCUCUGUUCCUGUGGUAGCGUGGCAGCAGGGACCAUGGCCAGCUUCAGUCUGCCUGGUGUCACAUAAGCCAGCCCACAGGGUCCCGUAGCUUCUCCUUUCUGGGUAGAAGCUCCAGGCAUAACCUGGGACUGGGUCUUCCCAGAGAGAGCUGUAGCCAGGGCCCUGCCAGCUUCGGGGGCCACAGCAGCUCUCGCACCAGCAUCCUGCUGAGCAGGAGCAGUUCCAGGGUGCUCUGAUAACAUCUGAUCAUCAUCACUACCAGGAUUCAAGGCUGCUGCCUGGUUCACUGCCGAGCAGGCUUGCCUGAGCCCUCUGGCUUUUGGAGAACUCCAGAAUUCCAGAUUUGGGAUAAGCUACCCAUAUUCCCUUGGGGCUCCUCUCCAGACAUCGUCAAUUUGGAGUCAUGCCAGCCAUGGCCAAGAGGUGCGCCACAGCUUAACCUGCUCAGUGAUGGACUCCAGGGCCCGCCAGAAGUCUCACCUGAGUAAGAAGUGGAGAAUCCAGGCCCAGGAGAAUUUUGCCAAGAGGUUUCCAUACAGGUUCUCGUUGCUGACAGAGCCUGACCCUGAGCCCCUGCAACCCUGGAAGGUCACCAACAACUCCAAUAUGGUGCAGCUGCCCCUGCAGAAGAGGUUGGUGCCAACGAGGUCCAUCCCAGUCCGAGGGGUUGGUGUGAGGAUUAAAGAGUAUGAAUGUCCCUUCCAGGACUUUAUCCCAAAUGUACACUCACACAGCAUCAAGUAGUGUAAGAGUGUGCUGUGGCUGCUGGAGGCUUUGGAAAGCAAGACAGCAGCACUGGGCAGCAAGGUGCCUGCUGAAGAUUUAAGGGUCCCCCUCUGUGUUCCACAAAGAAAGGGGCUAGAAAGUCACCUUGGAGUCCUUGGGAGGGUAAAUAAAAUCAGGACACUAAUUGUAGCCCUCUCCCUGGAGUGGGGAGGGGGACCCCACUAAGUGGGGUGGGCAAGUGGCUUUAUUGUCCCAGAAAGGAGGUGGAAUGUGGACCCUUAUGAUGAAAAAAUUGAAGGGGGUUGGCUUCCCAGGCUGUAGGGGCAGGAUGGGAUGGGUUCCCAGCCUGCAAGAAGCAGACCCUGGAGUCAGAUCUGUGAUGCUUGGGGAAGAGUGACAGGCCACCCUUUGCCGCCCCAGCCAAUAUUCCAGGCUCCCUCCCUGUGCUGCCCCAGCCAAUACUCCAGGCUCCCUCCCACUGUGGGGCCUGAGGACUCACAGUGUCUGCCUGGGGGUAGAGUACAGCUUCCAGCAGCACCCACAGACCUGCAGGAAGCAGAGACCUCUGGGGUCCCCUCCUGUGGGGGUGGGAGCCAGGCUGAUCUUCGUUUGGACCGUAUAAGCCUCAAGGAGGUUGUCUCUGGGGGUUAAAGCUAUGCAGUGUUUGAUAUAAGCAAAUACAUCAACUUGUGUCUACCAUGCAGCAUAACCAGGGACACGAGACCCACCCUAUUCCUGCUGGGAGCUCCUUCCCCCACUUCACCCCACGCUGAGUCCCUCCUCCCCUGCCAGUCAGGUCACCACAUCUUUCUCCCGGCUUUAAAAACAUUAUAUCUUGGCCAGACUUGGUGACCUAUGCCUGUAAUCCCAGCACUUUGGGAGGAGGCUGAGAGCAGGUGGAUCACUUGAGCCCAAGAGUUCAAGAUCAGCCUAGGCAACAUGGUGAAACCCCAUCUCUACUAAAAAUAAAAAAAUAGCUGAGCAUGGUGGCGC